AUGCAAGACCCUAAUAGAAUUAUAGAAAUUAGCGGCUCUUCGGUCAUAGACCUCAAGGCCGAAUUAUUCAAACAGAAAGAAGAGUUUCAAAAACAAAAGGUGGCAGCAAAUAAUCAACCCGUCUCUGCAGCUUUAAGAAAGAGUGUUAAGAAACCAGGAUUAUGGGAUAACCAGAAUAAAGGAGUAAAUGAAAGAUCUCGAAGAGAUGAAUUAGAAAUAAUUGAUGCACCAACUUUGGAGGCUAGUCGAAUAGCUAUGGAAAGAAAAGCAAAAUUAUAUGAUCAAUUGAUAAAGACUGGAAUUGAUGAAUAUAUCGAUGAAUUCGGAAGAACGCGUGUGUGCCGGAAAAGUCAAAUUCCAGAAGAAAAUUUACCAACUACCAAUGGCGUGAGAGAAGAAACAUCAAUAAAUUCUGAGGAAAUUUCACUAAUGGAACAAGAAAAAAAUGAAUGGGAAAAAGCUGCAUUGGAGGAAUUGAAAAAUGGUCCUAUUCACUACGAUGAGACGAAAGAUGAAAAGGAACGUGAAGAACAACUUCGUGCGUUAAAAGAAAUGCGAAUUGAGACGGAAGUAAAACGUGCAGGGUACACAAGUGUAAAGGAUAAAAGAAAAGCUCAAUUGGAUUUAAGGAUGGCAACUAUCCGUGCGAAAAAACAAAAGACAUCUGUUAAGAAUUUACAAACUUCAGAUAAAAUAAUAGAAAUAAAUUCCAAUAGAGAAUCACAGAAAUCAUUUCAUGAAACAAGUCGAAUCGCAAAACUCAACAGAAUAUAA